UCAAUAACUGCAACCGUCCUUUCUUGGCGUUUUCAGUCUUUCAGUCCUUCAUUUAACCUCUCAAUCAAAUACUCGUUUUACCUGGAGAAUAAUACUGUUUUAAUUGAAAUAUUUUGUAGUAAAAUUGUUUAAUCGACAUAAAAGAUGGCACCACCAUGUUUUGCUGAUCUUGGAAAGCAAGCAAGAGACAUUUUUAGCAAAAACUAUCAUAUUGGUGUGACAAAGUUGGAUUGUAAAACCAAAACUAGCACUGGUGUAAAUUUUGCUGUUGUUGGAACCUCAAACAAUGAUACAGGAAGAGUGAAUGCCUCUCUAGAAACAAAGUACUUGUUCAAAGAUUACGGUGUUACAAUUAAAGAAAAGUGGAAUACUGAAAAUAUACUUUCUACUGAUGUUGCUGUUGAAGAUCAGUUUGUCAAGGGCUUGAAGUUAAAUUUAGACAGUAGUUUUGCUCCACAAACUGGGAAAAAAGCUGGAACAAUUAAAACAGCCUAUAAAAAUGAUCAUGUUCAUUUGAAUGGAGAUGUGGAUAUAGAUCAAAGUGCUCCCCAAUUUCAUGGUGCUGCAGUUUUGAA